UCGAUAAAAGCUGCCAGUGAACCUUCAGCAGCUCCGCGUCUCCGAGACUCCGCAGACCCGAUGUCCGGUUCCAGGCUGUGUCCAGUGGCGAUGCUGCUGCUGUGCGGAGUGUGUGUGUGUGUGAGCGAGGGCUCCCCGCAGAGGGACUAUGGGGUGAAGCUGUGCGGCAGGGAGUUCAUCAGAGCCGUUAUAUUCACCUGCGGAGGGUCCCGGUGGAGGAGGAGUGUGGAUCAAGACCCGGAGAGACUCGACCAGAACAAUCCUUUCCUGCUGACCUCCUACCAGAGCCCUUCAGACAGAACUGGAGAGUCCAUCUGGACUCCAAACAACAAACCGCCCUCUUUCCUCUCCUCCUCCUCCUCCUCCUCCUCAUCUCCGUCCCUCAACGAGCUUCUCCAGGCCAUGGGUGAGCAAACCAAGAGCGACCGAGUGGAGCCGAACCCCUCUGAGGACCUGCUGAGAGACGGAGAGGUCAGGACCUGGCUGGACGCGCUGCUUCCUUCUGGACGCUUCAGGAAAAUGGACAUCAGCUGGUCGAGUCCGGACAGAAAGAAACGUAACUUCUCUUUAGGCUUGGCUGGAAUGUGCUGCAACCAGGGCUGCACCAAAAACGACAUCGGCCGCCUCUGCUGAGGAAUGGACGGAGGGAUA